UAUAAAUUCUUCUUGAAACCAAAUAUUAGACAUGACAACAUUUCAUAGUACCUUAGUUUACAUUUUGUAUGUAGUGCUUCUUUUUUCACUUCCAUUAAGCAUCAUAUCUUCAGCUAGAACAGAAGCUGAAUCUCUUAUCAAAUGGAAGAGUAAUUUGCCUUCUAAUUCUUUCUUGGAUUCAUGGUCCAUUUCCAAUCUCAGAAACUUGUGCAAUUGGACAUCUAUUGUAUGCAAUGCUGGUGGAACAAUCUCUGAGAUCAAUCUUUCUGAUGCAGGUGGCAUCUCAGGCUCACUUGUUCAUCUUGACUUCACUUCAUUUCCGAGUCUCGUGAGUUUCAAUCUAAAUGGAAACAACUUCAAUGGAUCGAUACCUUCGAGUAUUGGCAAUGCAUCCAUGCUCACUUUCUUGGACCUGAGUAACAAUAUCUUGGCUGGCGUUAUACCUGAAGAGAUUGGGAAGUUAACACAGCUUGAGUAUCUCAGUUUUUAUAACAACAAUAUUGAAGGUGUUAUUCCUUAUCAAAUUAGCAAUCUUCAGAAGGUAUGGUACUUGAAUCUUGGAUCAAAUUUCUUAGAAACUCCUGAUUGGUCUAAAUUGAGGAAUAUGCCUAUGUUGACACAUUUAAGCUUUGGUUAUAAUGAACUAAGGUUAGAAUUCCCUGAAUUUGUACUCCGUUGCCAUAAUCUGACUUAUCUUGAUUUGUCGAUAAACCAUUUGAAUGGUUCAAUCCCUGAAACAAUAUUCACCAACUUAGACAAGCUUGAAAUACUCAAUCUUUCAUCUAAUUCAUUUCAAGGUUCAUUGUCACCAAAUAUUACCAACUUGUCCAAGUUAAAAGAACUUCAGCUAGGUGUUAACAUGUUUUCCGGCAUAAUUCCUGAUGAAAUUGGCUUGAUCACUAGUCUUGAAGUUGUUGUACUUUUCAACAAUUCAUUUCAAGGAAAGAUUCCAUCUUCUAUGGGCAGACUCAUAAAUCUUCAACACCUGGAUCUUGGAAAGAACGAUUUGAAUUCAACUAUUCCUUCUGAGCUUGGUCUUUGUACUAAACUAACUUUCUUGGCUCUAGCAGAAAAUGCCCUGCAAGGACCAUUGCCUCCAUCAUUCUCCUCUCUUACCAAGUUAUCUGAAUUGGGGUUGUCUGAUAAUAGUCUUUCUGGUGAAAUCUCAUCAAAUCUCAUCACCAAUUGGACUGAGUUGACAUCUUUGCAGCUUCAAAACAAUUCCUUUACUGGGGAAAUUCCACCUGAAACCAGUCAGUUGACAAACCUCAAAUAUAUUUACCUCUUUCAUAACAAUUUCACUGGUUCCAUUCCCUAUCAAAUUGGAAACUUGCAAAACUUGUUGGAGCUAGAUUUCUCUGACAACCAGCUUUCAGGCACAAUACCUCCAACCAUUGGAAAUCUGACCAAUCUAACGAGGUUGCAACUUUUUCGCAACAAUCUCAGUGGAACCAUUCCUCCUGAGAUUGGGAAAUUGAUAUCCCUUCAAACCCUCGACAUCAACACCAACCGACUAAGUGGUGAGCUGCCGGACAGCAUUUCUGACCUCGGUGAUCUAAACCUUCUUUCUGUAUAUACUAAUAAUUUCUCAGGCAGUGUCCCUAAGGACUUUGGAAAGAACAGUCCUCUAUUGUCAAGUGCCGGCUUGGCAAAUAACAGCUUCACUGGUGAACUACCUCUUGGAUUAUGUAGCCAAAAUCUUGAGGAGUUGACAAUAAAUGGGAACAAAUUCAGUGGGAAGUUACCAGAUUGCUUGAAGAACUGCACAAAGCUAAGACGAGUACGGCUUGAAGGCAACAAUUUAUCUGGUAAUCUUGCAGAGGCAUUUGGAGUGCACCCGAAUCUUGUUUUCCUUUCUCUUAGUGACAACCAACUUUCAGGUGAACUCUCACCUGACUGGGGGAAAUGUGAAAAACUCACAAGUCUAAGAAUGGAUGGAAACAAAAUUUCUGGUGUAAUUCCAGCUGAGCUAGGGAAUCUGAGAGAGCUGCGCAUGUUAACGUUGGAAGGGAAUGAAUUGACUGGUGAAAUUCCUUCUGAACUGGGAAAGUUAGGCCUGCUCUACAAUCUAAGCUUGAGCAAAAACAAUCUUACAGGAGGCAUCCCUCAGUCUGUUGGCAAUUUAACUAGUCUCCAGCAUCUUGAUUUGUCAACAAACAAGUUAAGUGGUAACAUACCAGUAGAUCUUGGGAAGUGCGAGCGCCUGUUGAGCUUGAAUCUUGGCAACAACUCAUUAUCAGGUGGCAUUCCCUCUGAACUUGGCAAUUUGAUGCAGUUGAGUAUUCUUUUGGACCUAAGUGGCAAUUUACUAAGCGGAACCAUUCCACAAAACUUGGCCAAGCUCAUCUCAUUAAUGUAUCUCAAUCUCUCACAUAACAACCUCUCAGGUAGAAUUCCUCCGGCAUUGUCUCGCAUGAUCAGUCUUCAGGAGAUGGAUUUUUCCUACAAUGAGUUUUCUGGACCAAUUCCAACUGAUGGAAAAUUUCAAGGAGCAACCGCUGUAUCUUUUCUUGGAAACUCUGGUUUGUGUGGAAAUGUAGAAGGAUUAUCCUCAUGUAAUUUGGACAUCCCAAAUGACAUGUCCAAAAAUAAGAAUCAAAAGAUCCUCAUUGGGGUACUUGUACCGGUGGCCAGCCUCAUACUUUUGGCAAUCCUAUUUGUUGUAUGUCUUAUGUCUCGAAGGAAGGCUAAGCAAUCUGAUGAGGAGAUCAAAGCUAGCCAGAUGUAUGAAAAUUCAGAAUCUCUGAUUUGGGAAAGAGAAGGUAAGUUUACAUUUGGUGACAUAGUGAAAGCUACUGAAGAUUUCAGUGAAAAGAACUGCAUUGGAAGAGGAGGAUUUGGAAGUGUCUAUAAAGCUGUUUUGCCCUCUGGGCAGAUUGUUGCUGUCAAAAGACUCAACAUGUCAGACUCGAGUGACAUUCCAUUGACAAAUCGUCGAAGCUUUGAGAAUGAGAUUAGAACUUUGACUGAGGUGAGACACAGGAAUAUAAUUAAGCUCUUUGGUUACUGUUCCAAGAAUGGGUGCAUGUACUUGGUUUAUGAGUAUAUAGAAAGAGGUAGCCUGGGGAAAGUUCUAUAUGACAAUGAUAUGGGAAUGGAACUUGGAUGGGGUACAAGAGUGAAAAUUGUGCAAGGAAUAGCUCAUGCACUUGCUUACUUGCACCACGACUGCUCUCCACCAAUUGUGCACCGUGAUGUAUCACUGAAUAACAUUUUGCUUGAGUCAGAAUUCGAGCCACGACUCUCUGACUUCGGCACAGCAAAGCUGCUAGCUUCAGAAGCAUCAAAUUGGACCACAGUUGCUGGCUCUUAUGGCUAUAUGGCACCAGAGCUUGCACUUACCAUGCGUGUUACAGAAAAGUGUGAUGUUUAUAGUUUUGGGGUCGUGGCGAUGGAGACUAUGAUGGGAAGGCAUCCUGGGGAGCUUUUAACUUCAUUAUCAGCAUCACCAACAUUGUCUUCAGAGAUACUUUUGAAGGAUGUUCUUGACCAAAGACUUCCACCUCCCACUGGCCACUUGGCAGAGGCAGUGGUUUUUGUAAUCACGAUUGCCUUGGCAUGUACACGUACCACUCCUGAGUCGCGACCAACCAUGCGCUUUGCAGCGCAAGAAUUGUCUGUUCAGACUUUGCCUUACCUUCCACAGCCAUUGGGGACAAUAGAAAUGAGCAAACUAACAAGUUUUCAGAAAUAAUGAGAAGAUAGGGCCUGAUGUACAGGUGUGAAAUGUACAGGCUGUAGAGUUUUUGGUGUUAAAUGCAACUUUCUCAAGAUCUAGUGUCUAUAUUGUAUCAAGGAUGAAACCUUGGAUCUAACCAAAUUACUAUGUCUUGGGUGCCCUUUUCCCUAGAGAGAAAGAAAUAAUACCAUCCUGUUAAUCAUGA